GGUAUAUUGUGGCCAGUGACGCAUCCCUUCUGAAGGCAGAGCCCGCACCAAAUAUGCAGCCUACUGAUUGGCUGAGGAGUUUGUCAAUGUAAAAAGGGAGGGUUAUCAGGAAACAAAUAUGGCUACCCUGUCUGUUGGAGAGCCUCAAGAGAUGGAAGGUGAGUGACAAUCUAAUAUAUGGCAUCGCAAAUAGUUUAUCAUGAGGGUGGUUAAAUGUAUAUUUACCUAUAUAUUAUUGAACCUUUCCCCCAAACUGUACGCCGCAGGGGAUGUUAUUUUGUGCUACUUUGCCCUUCCCUCCCUGGUCAUGCUAGCUAGCUAAUGUUGUUAGCUAUGUCAUUCAAUAAGAAGUUGUUUACGUUUGCCAGCAUUUAUCUAGCUACUAGCACUAGAUAACUAAACUAACAUGUUUUUUCUGUACCUAGCUAAAUGUCAUCCUCCUGUGUUUAUUGUAGUUAGCUAACAUUAGUUAGAUAACAAAUAAUGACCGACUCAUCCACUUAAUACAAGCAAGUUAGCCUAGCAACUGAGUGUGGCUGAAAUGGGAACAUCAAGCUACUCUAGCUAGCUGGUUGGUCCUUGCUGGCCAGUCAGCUAGCGUGGAAAAUUUACUUUCAAUAUUGUCAGAUUCUUCAACAUCUAAAAUCAAAAUGUCAGACAGACACAGUCGAAAAUAACCUUACUAGUUCCUGUAUAUAGCUUACUUCAAGACAAGGUGUAGCUAAAUAUAAAUAUGUUGCUACUGAUGAACGUGCUACUGAUCAGCUAGCAGUAGUUUGCAGACACAGCCAUCCAUAGGAAAUUAAGAGGCGUCAAAGCAGGUCAGAUCAUGUGAGCCUGCUACUACAUGGGCGCUUUAGUUUUAUUGACUCCUCCAUGGCUACAACUGUGAUAAUGUCCAAACUACAUUGAACUGAUUGACCAGGGCUGUUCCUUCCCAUCUGUUCUGUGUGCAGUGGAUCGGAAGGGAGAGUCAGAGGAGUCAGGAGAUGAUGAGACCAGGAGGAAGAGCAUCAACGGGGAGGUAGACCCCAACCAGCCUCCUGCCACAGGUGGGGGCUAUACACAAGUUAUACCUUAAGGCCCUCAAGGGUGAUGCACCCAGCAUGCUCCGUACAAUCAUCAGACUCAAACAGCCUGGUCAUACCAGCCACAACCCUGCACAGCAUGGGUGACAGGUCCUUCUCACAUGUUGCCCCUCAGCUCUGGAACACUCUACCUGUACAUGUCAAGGAGGCAGCUUCAAUUUCCUCAUUUAAAAUGUCACUAAACACCUACCUAUUCAAGCUAGCUUUUACUGUUCUAUCACUUAAUUUGCCUAAAGUCUCUUUUGCAUUAGUAGUUAAUGUAUUGUGAGUUUUUCUACUUUUUGAUGUAUUGAUGCUGUUUUUGUUAUUGUUUUAUUUUUGUUUGAUACCUUUUGUGCAAUGAAUGUGGGAAAUUAUGCAAGAAUACAGGGUAAGGUUAAACACAAGUAUAGUGUCACAUCAUACUCAGGUGGCACAAAAUGAAGAAAACAUGUUGUACUGUGGUAGCUAGUACAUACUAGUCUAGUUAGGCCUAGAUGCUGUGGCUGUGUUAAAAAUUACCUCUUGAAAUGUCUCUCUUUUUGUACACAGUUAAAGAGGAGUCUCCCGUUGAUAUGGAUACCAUAACCCUGGACCCAGAGGAAGAGGUGAUGGAGGGAUGGAAAUUAGUGUUGCCAUACAAUUAGCCUCAGGGUAUUAUGAAUGUUGUUCCAAUUUAGUUCUCUACCUAACACACCUACCUCUCUUCACAGGAUGUUGAUCUUGUCCACUGUAGGAUUGGGAAGAUUGAGGGACUGGAGGUGUUGAGGAAGGCUAAGGUCAGUAGGUUGACUAUUGUCUGUCAUUCACCCAUAUGAUUGUAAAAACAUCAUAUAGCUAUUUAUAGAAAACAUAGAUGACAAUCACCCUGGAGUAAAGGAGACUGUGUCUGCACAAACAGUAUGACUAGAUUAACUCAUGUUUGUGUGUGUGUCUCCAGACGCUCUCUCUAAGGCAGAACCUGAUCAAAAACAUUGAGAACCUGGAGACGUUAGUGACUCUGAAGGAGCUGGAUCUCUACGACAACCAAAUCCGCAAACUUGAGAACCUGCAGACCCUCACAGAGCUGGAGUGAGUCUGAUGGGACCACAUACAUACAUGGAUGUAUACACACCGGUGUUCCCUCCCUAUCAGCUGACCUUGUGGUUGCCUCGAUGACCAGCUUUUACUAACCAUUAAUAAGUGCAUUCCUCUCCCCAUUUACACUGACAGAACUGAAUGAACUGUGUUACUCCAUGUACUAUUUUACACAAAAUGUUUCCUCACAGUAAAAUUGAAUUAAACCUGAAUGUAUUUUGACUCUGAUCUCUAGCCAGCUGGACGUGUCCUUCAAUCUGCUGAGGAAGGUGGAGGGUCUGGAGCGUCUGACGGGGCUGAAGAAGCUAUUCCUACUGCACAACAAGAUCAGCCACAUUGCCAACCUGGACCAUCUCACAGGCCUGGAGAUGCUGGAGCUGGGCUCCAACCGCAUCCGGGUGAGACAGAGGCCAAGGGUCACGGAUCAUGUGCGACUAAUUACAUAGGGUGGCUGGAGCCUUUGACAAUAUUUAGGGCCUUCCUCUGACACCGCCUGGUAUAGAGGUCCUGGAUGGCAGGAAGCUUGGCCCCAGUGAUGUACUGGGCGGUACGCACUAACCUCUGUAGGGCCUUGUGGUUGGAGGCCGAGCAGUUGCCAUACCAGGCAGUGAUGCAACCAGUCAGGAUGCUCUCGAUGGUGCAGCUGUAGAACGUUUUGAGGAUCUGAGGACCCAUGCCAAAUCUUUUCAGUCUCCUUAGGGGGAAUAGGUUUUGUCGUGCCCUCUUCACGACUGUCUUGGUGUGCUUGGACCAUGUUGGUGAUGUGGACACCAAAGAACUUGAAGCUGUCAACCUGCUCCACUACAGCCAUGUCGAUGAGAAUGGGGGCGUGCUCGGUCCUCUUCUUUUUCCUGUAGUCCACAAUCAUCUCCUUUGUCUUGAUCACGUUGCGGGAGAGGUUGUUGUCCUGGCACCACACGGCCAGGUCUCUGACGACCUCCCUAUAGGCUGUCUCGUCGUUGUCGGUGAUCAGGCCUACCACUGUUGUGUCCAUGCAGGCCAUGCAGUCAUGAGUGAACAGGGAGUACAGGAGGGGACUGAGCACGCACCCCUGAGGGGCCCCCGUGUUGAGGAUCAGCGUGGCGGAUGUGUUGUUACCUACCCUUACCACCUGGGGGCGGCCCAUCAGGAAGUCCAGGAUCCAGUUGCAGAGGGAGGUGUUUAGUCCCAGGGUCCUUAGCUUAGUGAUGAGCUUUGAGGGCACUAUGGUGUUGAAUGCUGAGCUGUAGUCAAUGAAUAGCAUUCUCACGUAGGUGUUCCUUUUGUCCAGGUGUGAAAGGGCAGUGUGGAGCGCAAUAGAGAUUGCAUCAUCUGUGGAUCUGUUGGGGUGGUAUGCAAAUUGGAGUGGUUCUAGGGUUUCUGAGAUAAUGGUGUUGAUGUGAGCCAUGACCAGCCUUUCAAAGCACUUCAUGGCUACAGACAUGAGUGCUACGGGUCGGUAGUCAUUUAGGCAGGUUACCUUAGUGUUCUUGGGCACAGGGACUAUGGUGGUCUGCUUGAAACAUGUUGGUAUUACAGACUCAGACAGGAAGAGGUUGAAAAUGUCAGUGAAGACACUUGCCAGUUGGUCAGCGCAUGCUCGGAGUACACGUCCUGGUAAUCUGUCUGGCCUUGUGAAUGUUGACCUGUUUAAUGGUCUUACUCACAUCGGCUACGGAGAGAGUGAUCACACAGUCGUCCGGAACAGCUGAUGCUCUCAUGCAUGUUUCAGUGUUACUUGCAUAGAAGUAAUUUAGCUCAUCUGGUAGGCUUGUGUCACUGGACAGCUGACGGCUGUGCUUCCCUUUUUAGUCUGUAAAUUUGUCUCCCAGUGUCUGUUGGAAAGCAGACUGAACCAGGUUUUACUCUAGGAUUUUGCCUGUGCAUAGCGCUAUUCAGUUUAUUUAAUCAUAAACUCCCUAGUCCUUGCCGGUGACAAGCAUACCCAUAACAUAAUGCAGCCACCACCAUGCUUGAAAAUAUGAUGUGGUACUCUGUGAUCUUGUGUUGGAUUUGCCCCAAACAUAGCACUUUGUAUUCAGGACAUAAAGUUCAUUUCUUUGCCACAUUUUUUGCAGUUUUACUUUAGUGCCUUAUUGCAAACAGGAUGCAUGUUUUGGAAUAUUUAUUAUUCUGUACAGGCUUCCUUUUCACUCUGUCAAUUAGGUUAGUAUUGUGGAGUAACGACAAUGUUGUUGAUCCAUCCUCUGUUUUCUCCUAUCACAGCCAUUAAACUCUAACUGUUUUAGUCACCAUUGGCCUCAUGGUCAUUGAUGAAAUCCCUGAGCGGUUUCCUUCUUUUCCAGCAACUGAGUUAGGAAGGAUGCCUGUAUCUUUGUAGUGACUGGGUGUAUUGAUACACCUUCCAAAGUGUAAUUUCAUAACUUCACAGGGAUAUUCAAUGUGUGCUUUUUUCUUUACCCAUCUACCAAUAGGUGCCCUUUGUGAGGCAUUGGAAAACUUCCCUGGUCUUUGUUGUUGAAUCUGUGUUUGAAAUUCACUGCUCGACUGAGGGACCUUAUAAUUCUCUGUAUGUAUGGGGGACAGAGAUGAGGUAGUCAGUCAAAUCAUGUUAAACACUAUUAUUGCACACAGUGUGCAACUUAUGUGACUUGUUAAGCUUUUGUUAAAAGCAGACAUUAAAUAUCCCUUUGAGCAUGGUGAAGUUAUUAUUUACACUUUAGAUGGCAUCCUUCCUAAUUCAGUUGCCGGAGAGGAAGGAAACCGCUCAGGGAUUUCACCAUGAGGUGAUUUUAAAACAGUUUAAUGGCUGUGAUAGGAGAAAGCUGAGGAUGGAUCAACAACAUUGUAGGUACUCCAUAAUACUGUAGAUCAUUGACAAAAAAUGACAAUAAAAUCAAUUUAAUCCCACUUUGUAACACAAACAAAUGUGGAAAAAGUCUAGGGGUGUCACUUGUUAAAUCCACUUCAAUCAGUGUAGAUGAAGGGGAGGAGACCGGUUAAAGAAGGAUUUUUAAGCCUUGACACAAUUGAGACAUGGAUUGUGUAUGUGUGCCAUUCAGAGGGUGAAUGGGCAAGACAAAAUAUUUAAGUGCCUUUGAAUGGGGUAUGGUAGUAGGUGCCAGGCACACCAGUUUGUGUCAAGAACUGCAAUGCUGUUGGGUUUUUCACACUCAACAGUUUCCCGUGUGUAUCAAGAAUGGUCCACCACCCAAAGGACAUUCAGCCAACUUGACACAAUUGUGAGAAACAUUGGAGUCAACAUGGGCCGGCAUCCCUGUUGAACGCUUUUCGACACCUUGUACAGUCCAUGCCCAGAUGACUUGAGGCUGUUCUGAGGAGGGGUGCAACUCAAUAUUAGGAAGGUGUUCUUAAUGUUUUGUACACUCGUUUAGAUUUGGAUUAAGCAGAGCAUGUCUCACAAUUGGCAGCCACUUGGAACUCGUGAAAAAUCUGUCGAUGUGCCCUUGAGCAAGGCACUUAACCCUAAUUGCUCCUGUAAGUCGCUCUGGAUAUGAGCGUCUGCUAAAUGACUAAAAUGUAAAAAUGUGUGUGGGUCUUUGUUUUUCCAGGUAAUCGAGAAUUUGGACUCGCUGUCCUCCUUGACAAGUCUGUUUCUGGGCACCAACAAGAUCACACAGUUUCAACAUCUGGAGGGCCUACACAACCUGACAGUCCUCAGCAUCCAGGUACACACACAUACUGUGGCUUGAUAGUUUCUGUGACUUCCUCCAUCUUAAGUUUUGUGUUCAGUGUGACAACGAGUCAUAUAGACUGCAGUAUUUUUUACACACAAAUGCUUGUGUUUAGUGAAACUACUCAGUAGAAGUACAUCUACUCAUGAAGACAGUACAAUAUAAAAGACAAGUGGAUGUUUUGGUCUCUGAGUAUAUGUUGUGUUGUCUUUCCUCCAGAGUAACCGCAUCACCAAGAUGGAGGGUCUGCAGGGUCUGGUCAACCUGAAGGAGCUCUACCUGAGUCACAAUGGCAUCGAGGUCAUCGAGGGCCUGGAGAACAACGUGAGUCAACGGCAACCUGCACGACUGUAGGGCCAUGCACAUUGCCAUGGCGACCAAUAAAAUCAGAGCAGGAAUGCAAUGUUUAUGGAUCCCUAAUGAAUUAAUGUGGUGGGAGUCUGCUAGAUGACUGAAUGUAAUGUAAAUGUUGAGCGGCUUCACUGCAGGUAGAUUGUAUGUUUUUAAAAUUCAAUAAUACAUUUUUUUAUAAAAUAUGUGGCAUAAUGCUCCAAACGUAGUCAAUACAUGUUGUCAUUGCGAUUAUAUGUAGUUAUUGCAAAAUCAAGACUUGCCGUGUCUGCGUGCUAGUUUAAUGGCAAGUAUUUAAAAAUAUUUAAAGUGGUGACUAAAUUUAUGCUGUUUGUCCACAUACAGAAAAAGCUGACAACUCUGGACAUCGCAGCCAACCGGGUAAAGAAAAUUGAAAACAUCAGCCAUUUAACAGACCUACAGGAAUUCUGGGUAAGAGGGAAGGAGAGAUUGAAAAGAGGGAUGUGGGUCGCAUGGAUGAGUCAUUUUAAAGUAGAUCACUGUCAGUUGUUUGAGAAAUGGAUAUGUCCAAGGUUGCAGAUAGGAAACUUCUCUAUCAUACACUACCGGUCAAAAGUUUUAGAACACCUACUCAUUCCAGGGUUUUUCUUUAUUUUUACUAUUUUCUACAUUGUAGAAUAAUAGUGAAGACAUCAACACUAUGAAAUAACACAUAUGGAAUCAUGUAGUAACCAAAUAAGUGUUAAACAAAUCAAAAUAUAUUUUAUAUUUGAGAUUCUUCAAAUAGUCACCAUUUGCCUUGAUGACAGCUUUGCAUACUCUUGGCAUUCUCUCAACCAGCUUCAACUGGAAUGCUUUUCCAACAGUCUUGAAGGAGUUCCCACAUAUGCUGAGCACUUGUUGGCUGCUUUUCCUUCACUCUGCGGUCCAACUCAUCCCAAAUCAUCCCACUUUGGUUGAGGUCGGGGGAUUGUGGAGGCCAGGUCAUCUGAUGCAGCACUCCAUCACUCUCCUUCUUGGUCAAAUAGCCCUUACACAGACUGGAGGUGGGUUGGGUCAUUGUCCUGUUGAAGACAAAAAAGAUAAUCCCACUAAGCCCAAACCAGAUGUGAUGGCGUAUCGCUGCAGAAUGCUGUGGUAGCCAUGCUGGUUAAGUGUGCCUUGAAUUCUAAAUAAAUCACAGACAUUGUCACCAGCAAAGCUCCCCCACACCAUAACACCUCCUCCUCCAUGCUUUACGGUGGGAAAUACACAUGCAGAGAUCAUCCGUUCACCCACACCGCGUCUCACAAAGACACUGCGGUUGGAACCAAAAAUCUCCAAUUUGGACUCCAGACCAAAAUACAAAUUUCCACCGGUCUAAUGUCCAUUGCUCAUUUUUCUUGGCCCAAGCAAGUCUCUUCUUCUUAUUGGUGUCCUUUAGUAGUGAUUUCUUUGCAGCAAUUCGACCAUGAAGGCCUGAUUCACACAGUCCCUUCUGAACAGUUGAUGUUGAGAUGUGUCUGUUACUUGAACUCUGUGAAGCAUUUUAUGGGCUGCAAUUUCUGAGGCUGGUAACUCUAAUUAACUUAUCCUCUGCAGCAGAGGUAACUCUGGGUCUUCCAUUCCUGUGGCGGUCCUCAUGAGAGCCAGUUUCAUCAUAGCGCUUGAUGGUUUUUGCGACUGCACUUGAAGAAACUUUCAACGUUCUUGAAAUGUUCCGUAUUGACUGACCUUCAUGUCUUAAAGUAAUGAUGGACUGUCGUUUCUCUUUGCUUAUUUGAGCUGUUCUUGCCAUAAUAUGGACUUUGUCUUUUACCAAAUAGAUCCAUCUUCUGUAUACCAACCCUACCUUGUCACAACACAACUGAUUGGCUCAAACGCAUUAAGAAGGAAAGAAAUUCCACAUAUUAACUUUUAAGAAGGCACACCUGUUAAUUGAAAUGCAUUCCAGGUGACUACCUCAUGAAGCUGGUUGAGAGAAUGCCAAGAGUGUGUAAAGCUGUCAAGGCAAAGGGUGGCUAUUUGAAGAAUCUCAAAUAUAAAAUAUAUUUUGAUUUGUUUAAUACUUUUUUGGUUACUACAUGAUUCCAUAUGUGUUAUUUCAUAGUUUUGUUGUCUUCACUAUUAUUCUACAAUGUAGAAAAUAGUAAAAAUAAAGAAAAACCUUUGAAUGAGUAGGUGUUCUAAAACUUUUGACUGGUAGUGUAUAUCAAAUCUCUCUUUCUCCCCCUCCCAGAUGAAUGAUAAUCAGAUAGAGAACUGGUCAGAUCUGGACGAGUUGAAGAAUGCCAAAGCCCUGGAGACGGUGUACCUCGAGAGGAACCCCUUACAGAAGGACCCCCAAUACCGCAGGAAGAUCAUGCUGGCGCUGCCCACCGUACGCCAGAUCGAUGCCACCUUCAUCCGCUUCUAA